UUAUUCGCGUGGGGAAUCCCCUUUUUUUUUCAGGUGAGACCACCGGCACUCAGGGAGGACCUGGGUGUCUGUCCACGCGGUCCGCGGACUUAUAAUGGGUUGCCAAAUACCUGAUUGGGCCCUUCUUCAUCACGCGUACCCGUGUACCUGGGUGUACCUAGGAGUGCUCCUCUAAGCGUGUUUCCUUUGCAACACGGACAUCCUCCCUGCUUCCACUUUUGCCUGACCGAUCUUUUUAAACCACAAACCAGAUUGUGCCUCUCCCUCACUUAAAACCCUUCCAUAGCUCGCAUUCCAUCCGACUGAGAUGAAAAUUUGGGGUCCACCGUUUCUUGCAUGGUCUGGCCCCUGCUGACCUCACUGCUGACCACGUAGCUCUUGGCUCGCUGUAUUCCAGCUACACUGGCCUACUUGAUGCUGUCAAAUAUAAAAAGCAAACUCCACAUCUCGUUUGCAUUUGCAGUAUCCCCCACCUGAACUGCUGUUUUUCCAAAUCUUUGCAUAACUGUCUCCUUCCCUUUACGGAGGUCUCAGCUCUAAUGUCACCUUCUGAAAGAGACCUCCCUGAGUUGGCUAUUUGAAGUAGCCUGGCCUCUCCAGCCAUUUUAUUACAUCUCGCCCUGUUUUACCACCUUCAUUGAUUACUUUCAGGAUUUAUUCUUGUUUUGUUGUGUGUCUGUCCACCAGACAGCGAAGGGUGAGAGCAUGUCUCUAUCCUAAAUGUUAUUUCGAGGGUCUAGAACAGCACACAGUAAGUGUUCAACAAAUCGGUGGUUGCUCAGUGUCAAGUUUGUCCACCUGUGUCCAUAUGUAUAUGUGCUUGCUGGUGGCUGUCCCCUGAGAUGUGUAUACCCAUAUAUGGCCUAUAGGGCAUGAAUGCCCUCCCUCCUUUCCCUAUGCUUACCCCUACUUCACCCCCUCUCCUGAUUCUGUCCCCUUCCUCUCUCCUCUGCCCAAAUAUCCAGAAACUUUCCAAAAGACACAGGGUAUCUUUUGCCCACCCUGAGCUUUCCCCACCCCAGACUAACCAGAGUUUCAGUAACGCACCUCAGUGCCUACUAAAGGGACAUGAGACAGAAGAAACUGGAGUUGGAGGACUGUUAAGACAAGGCUGGGCCCAGCCCGGUUGACAAACAGGAUGUGCACAGGCAUUCAGGAGACACACCUGGUGCUCAGAUAUGGAAGACUGAGGCCUGUUAAAAGUGCAGAACUCAGCCCCAGCAUCCACUGCUUCGAAAAGCUCCAUGCGGUUGCCACGAGAUGGAGAGGACUUUGCCAGCCAAACUUGGUACUACGACCCCCUGUUCCACCAGAAAGCUGAGGCUCUUCUCCAGCAAGAUGGUGACUUCUUGGUUCUCACAUCUCCAUCCCGUGGGGGCCACCUUGUGAUCUCCUGCCGCUGGCAGGGCUCAGCCCUGCGCUUUAAGGUGCUCUGUGUGGCCUUGUCCCGGUCAGGCCGGCCCACAUCCCUUUUUCAGCUGGAAGAUGAGUAUUUCUUGAGCCUGCCUGCCCUGGUUCACAGUUAUGUGACUAGCCAGCACCCACUGACCCAAGCUACAGGGGCUGUGGCCUCCAGGCCGGUGGUGUGGGAAGGGUCUAUUCAAUUCAGCUUGAGCCAGGGCACCCUCCUAGACAGCCUGACUCAGGGAGAGCUACUCAGGGCUAGGAAGUGGAGCAGUCAGCCUGCAGGCCUGGAGCAUGUGUGGCAGUCAGGAGAAGGCCACCGUAGACCAAGAGCCUCCGCUAUGCCCACCCUUGCUCUGUCUUGCAUAGGUAGUGGCCUUGUGUUGCUGAAGACCCUGACUCCCCUGGAAUUCACUGCUAACACUCGGGCCUUGGAUGGGCAACUUCUUGCUAAGCUGCCAACCAAGCCACCUCAAACACCCUCACUGGUGCUGCCUGAUGCCUCUGGACAGUCCCCAAUGUACUGUGAGCUGGUGCCCCAAGUGUCCGGUGCCCAGGGAACAUCCCCUGGCACAGCUAGCUGCCCAGAGCCAGAAGGCCCAUGGUGGGAGGCCCAGGAGGAGGAGGAGAGAUGUUUUCCAAGACCACAGGCAGAGGUGUCUUUCUGCCCCCCUGGCACCCCCUCCAGCCUACUGGACCCCCAAAAUCAGCCCCUGGAGCUGGAAGUCCUGUGUGCUCUCCGAGGCCUGUUCCUGGAGCACCAUGCUGGGAGCACUGCCCUCCACUUAUUACUGGCAGACUGCCAGGCUGCUGGCCUACUGGGAAUGACCAAGGCUCAGCAGGAUGCCACGGGGGUUGCCUCUGGCCUGGAGCUGCUCACACUUCCCCACCGCCUUCGCUUGAGGUUAGAACUGCUGGAAAGGUCACAGGUGCUGGUGCUGGCCAGUGCGCUGGUAUUGCCAAGCUGCACAGAAUCGCUGAAGGAGCGUACAGCCGCCCUGAAGGGCCUGGUGGAGCUGGCACUGGCGUGGCAGCCAGGGACAGCGAGGGACUUGCCUGGACUGGUUGCAGUUAUGGGCGCCCUGCUUAUGCGCCAGGUGUCCCGGCUGGAACGCACGUGGCGCCAACUCCGAAGGAGCCACACCGAGGCUGCGCUGGCCUUCGAGCAGGAGCUGAAGCCGCUGAUGCGGGCGCUGGAUGAGGGCACCGGAUCCUGCGACCCUGGCGAGGUGGCGCUACCUCAUGUGGUAACAGUGGUGCGCCUGCUGGAGGGCGAGGAACUCCCGGGGCAGCUGGACAGGAGCUGAGAGCAGCUGCUACGCAUCCUGCAGGGGGCGUGUCACAUGGCCCAGGACGCGCCCAAAUUCUGUAAGGCCGCGGCCCAGCGCCUGCAAGGAUUCCAGCCGAACCCGGAGCUGCAGGAGGCCCUGACCACUGACUUCCUGCGAAGGCUGCUCUGGGGAAGUUGGGGCGAGGGGACUCCGAGAGCUGCUCGUCUGGAGAAGCUUCAGCACAUCCUCAGUGCCCUGUCGCAGCACCUGGAGCCUGACUGCUCAGUGCAGAUCCUCUUCUUCACACUGGUACACUCAGACUUCUGGGGACGCCAGCAGGACACGAAGGAAGUCAUCCCAGGUUGCUCACACAGCCAAACAGGAUGCACACUGAGGGCUGCAUGGCAGGCACUGUUCCAGGCAUCAGAAACAUAACACCAAGCAAGUCAGCCAGGAUCCUGCCUCUGCUCACACACAGUCUCUCAGGAAAACUUGGGAACGCCAGUGAAUCCAUGGAAAGGGUUUGGAAUAGUGCCUGG